AUGUUGGAAAAGUUUAGAUUGAAGAAAAAACCGAAAAGUUCAAGCUUAGAAAAUCCAACUAUGAGAAGAAAUGAAUCUCAAGUGAGCAUUGCUUCAGAAAGAUGGACUAGGAAUCCUUAUAUAAAACAGGAUCAUAUUGAACGUGAUGAUGAUAGUCUUAUUACAUCUGACGGUGUACAAGAAUCGAAUCGUUCGAACAUUAUGAUAUCACCAGAAAAUCGUCACUUGAUCCGGCCUUCUCCUGAAAGUGUCUCAUCUAUAUUAUUACCAAAAACUGAUGAUCGUCUCCAAGACGUGAUUCUUCGGAACGAAAUUCGAAAAGAUUUCGCUAAGCGUCUACACGAAUUGAAAAACUAUGAAAUUAUUCUUCUCUGUGAUGAUUCAGGUUCAAUGAAGACGACUGUGGACCGUUCCAAUCGAACACGAUGGGAUGAACUUCGAGACUUUGCCAAAAUUAUCUUAGAUGUUGGAACAAUAUUCGAUUCAUCCGGUGUCGACAUUUACUUUCUUAAUCGAAAACCAGCUCUCAAUGUCAAAGACCCUAACGCGGUUAGUAAAGCAUUUUCUGAUCCACCUAAUGGCUACACACCCCUAGUACCUGCUCUCAGAAAAAUCUUCCAGUUACCAAUAACUCGGCUAAACAAUGAUAAAAAAGUGUUAGUAUUCGUUGCAACCGAUGGAGCCCCUACCAAUGAUGAUGGAGAACCAAAUGUUGACGAACUUAAACAUCUGAUGAAUAUAGAACGUCGCAUAGACACAACAUUUGUGUCGUUUUUAAUCUGUACGGACGAUCCUAUCUGUGUUGGAUAUCUACGUGAUUGGGAUAAGAUGAUGACGAAUGUCGAUGUAACGGAUGAUUAUAACACAGAAAGAGAAAAUAUUGAAAAGCUUCAAGAAGGAAAUUUCACGUUUACCAAAGGCGAUUAUAUUGUUAAGGCAUUGGUUGGCGCAAUCGAUAAGCAAAUUGAUGAUCUCAACGAAAAGCGUGUAUACUUUUAA